AUGAUAAAAUAUAUUACUACUACUUCAUUAACAAACAUUUUAAAUCUGAGAUCAGCCAAGAAGAUGGACACCACUACAAGCUCAAAGCCAGCGAAACCCAAUACCGGUAGGCGUCACAAGCCCAGAAACAGGACUAGGAAAGCAAGGCCAAAAGAAUCAACCUCUCAAGACAGUGAUGUACGAAAAAGCGUCGUAACUACUUCUGAUAAAAAUGUGAAGACAAACGAAAGUAAAAAGAGAGAUACAAAGCAUUCCGGGAACGACAAAAUAUCUGACAUAAGGCGCAAGGGUGCUGCGUUCUCAAAAAAUAGUAAAACGCUGCGAAUGUCGAAGCAACUGAAAGCAGAAGUACAACAAGUGCAGCACAUUCUUGGCGCAGAUAACUUUAAGAUCUUUAAGAAAGGCAAAAACAGUACCUCAUACGGUCUUGUUGCACCUCAUGUAUUGGACCAGGACCAGUUUGUUUUCACUGUGAUUGUUCCGUUCUCAUACCCACAGCAGUCGUCAAAGCUUGACCCACUUGAUAACACACUCCAUGAUGAAUCCGCGAGUAAUGAUCUGUCUGUGAAGCUCGGCACCAUUAUCAAUAAUUUCAAUAGUAAAGCUCAUGAGAUGACAACAUCGGGGCAGCCGCUGAUAACACAAAUUAACUAUUUGUUAACACAAUGGUCCAAAUUGAGUAAUCCUAAUUACAAGCAGAAAGAUCGACUGUACAAAGAAUUUUUAGCAACAUACACAUGA